AUGCUUGAUUUAACACGUUUUGCUUAUUAUGUUCCAUCGUUAUCAUUUUCUUUUGAACAUGAUAUACGAGCUCGAUUACAAAAUCUUCAUCUUCGUGCACAAUCAGCAUUUAUAUCAUUACAGAAUAUGUCACGUUAUCCUUGUACAUCAGAGGAUGUUCCUCCAAUUUUUGUUGAACGAUAUAUAAUACACGGUUAUCGUUCACUACAUAAGCCAUGGUCUUAUUAUUGGAAAUCCUUAUUUCAUAAACAUAAUGAAUCAAUCAAUGUUUGGAGUCAUUUAACUGGCAUAUUAUAUAUGGGAUAUUUAUUUUAUUAUUAUAAUAAACGUUUAAAUUUUUUUGAAAAUUCUCAUUCAUGGCCAUUUGCUGUAUCAUUAUCUACAGCUAUAAUCAUGUUUUUAUGUUCAGCAUUUGCACAUUUACUUCAUUCAAAAUCUGAAAAAAUUCAUCUAACUUGUUUUUCAAUCGAUUAUCUUGGUGUUAGUUUACAUGGGUUUGGUUCAGGUUUUCUUCAUAUCUAUUAUUCAGCACCUGAAUGGUAUUAUAAUAAAAUUGAAUAUGAAUAUAUUUUUAUUCUACUUCUAUUUGGUAUUCUUGCUUGUUUUCUAAAUUGUUUUGCUCAAGAUUAUUUUAGUCGACCUUAUCCACCAUUGAAACGUGUAUGUCAAUUUUCAGGAUGUGCUGUAUUAUGGAUAUAUUCAAUUAUUCCAUUAAUAGCUCGUUUAUUUCCAUUAAAUUUCCCACUGGAUUCAACUUUAAUGUGUCAUUUCGGACAAAUUCUAUUUUUUAUUAUUGGUUCAAUACUUUUUGGAUUUGAUUUACCGCAACGUUUUUGUCCCGGUUCAUUAGAUUUUAUUGGCCAAGGUCAUCAAUUAUUUCAUUUAUGUAUUUAUUUGGUAACUGUUUUACAAAUGCAUGGUGUCUAUUGGGAUUAUGAAGACAAACGAACAAUAAUUGAUCAAAGAACUAAACCAGAUCUGAUAUUUUGUGCUGGUUCAAUGCUAUCUCUUCUCUUAUGGAAUAUUGUUACUGUUUGGUAUUUUCGACGAAGACUUCGUGAAAAAAACUGUCAUGAAAAAUAA